CUCAGUGCGAGGUGGCGGCGGCGGCGGCUCCGGCGGCUAGUGCUGCGCGGUCCUGCUCGGCCGGCGCACGGACGCACCGGCUAGCCGACGGCCGGAGGGGCCGGGCGCAGACGCGGGGCCGUCGGGCAGCGAGUGGAAGCAAGGGCAGCGCGCAGCGAUUGGAACACCCGCGAUCGCCAGAUUCCCGAGCGGCGCACUCCUCCCGCCGGUGCCAGGGCCGGGCCAUGGGGGGCAACAUGCCCGCGAGCACCGCCUGAAGACGCCGUAGCCCCUGCCCCCGCGAUGGGCGCCCCGGUUUGGGCUGUCGCGCUCUGCGUGGCUGUGGUGGUCGUGACCGGUACCACCUCGGGGCUCCCGGCCGCAGAGCAGCGCGUCGUGCGGAGAGUGGCAGAGGACCCGGAGCCCGAGCCCGGCCCGCAGGAGCAGCUGGUCUUCGGCAGCGGGGACACCGUGGAGCUGAGCUGCCACCCGCCCGCAGGCGGCCCCGCAGGGCCCACCUUCUGGGUUAAGGACGGGGCAGGACUGGCGCCCUCGGACCGCGUCCUGGUGGGGCAGCAGCGGCUGCAGGUGCUCAAUGCCUCCCACGAGGACGCCGGGGCCUACAGCUGCCGGCAGAGGCUCACCCAGCGCGUCCUGUGCCGCUUCAGCGUGCGGGUGACAGAUGCCCCGUCCUCCGGAGACGAUGAAGAUGAGGAGGAGGAGGUGGAAGACACAGCAGGGGCCCCGUACUGGACGCGGCCCGAGCGGAUGGAGAAGAAGCUGCUGGCCGUGCCGGCCGCCAACACCGUCCGCUUCCGCUGCCCGGCCGCCGGCAACCCCACGCCGUCCAUCACCUGGCUGAAGAAUGGCAAGGAGUUCCGGGGCGAGCACCGCAUCGGGGGCAUCAAGCUGCGUCACCAGCAGUGGAGCCUGGUCAUGGAGAGCGUGGUGCCCUCGGACCGGGGCAACUACACCUGCGUCGUGCGGAACCGGCUGGGCAGCAUCCGGCAGACCUACACCCUGGACGUGCUGGAGCGCUCUCCGCACCGGCCCAUCCUGCAGGCGGGGCUGCCGGCCAACCAGACGGCGGUGCUGGGCAGCGACGUGGAGUUCCACUGCAAGGUGUACAGCGACGCCCAGCCCCACAUCCAGUGGCUGAAGCACGUGGAGGUGAACGGCAGCAAGGUGGGGCCGGACGGCACGCCCUACGUCACCGUGCUCAAGUCCUGGAUCAGUGAGGCUGUGGAGGCCGACGCACGGCUGCGCCUGGCCAAUGUGUCGGAGCGCGACGGGGGCCGGUACCUCUGUCGGGCGUCCAAUUUCAUAGGCGUGUCCGAGAAGGCCUUUUGGCUGCGCGUUCGCGGGCCCCCCGCAGCCGAGGAGGAGCUGGUGGCGGCGGGCGAGGCGGGCAGCGUGUACGCGGGCGUCCUCAGCUACGGCAUGGGCUUCGUGCUCUUCAUCCUGGUGGUGGCCGCCGUGACGCUCUGCCGCCUGCGCAGCCCCCCCAAGAAGGGCCUGGCACCCGCCGUGCACAAGGUCUCCCGUUUCCCGCUGAAGCGACAGGUAACAGUGUCCUUGGAGUCCAACUCCUCCAUGAACUCCAACACGCCGCUGGUGCGCAUCGCCCGCCUGUCCUCGGGGGAGGGCCCCGCGCUGGCCAACGUCUCGGAGCUCGAGCUGCCCGCCGACCCCAAGUGGGAGCUGCCCCGGGCCCGGCUGACCCUGGGCAAGCCCCUCGGGGAGGGCUGCUUCGGCCAGGUGGUCAUGGCGGAGGCCAUCGGCAUCGACAAGGACCGGGCCGCCAAGCCGGUCACCGUGGCCGUGAAGAUGCUGAAAGACGAUGCCACCGACAAGGACCUGUCCGACCUGGUGUCGGAGAUGGAGAUGAUGAAGAUGAUCGGGAAGCACAAGAACAUCAUCAACCUGCUGGGCGCCUGCACGCAGGGCGGGCCCCUGUAUGUGCUGGUGGAGUUCGCGGCCAAGGGCAACCUGCGCGAGUACCUGCGGGCCCGGCGGCCCCCGGGCACGGACUACUCCUUCGACACCUGCCAGCUGCCCGAGGAGCAGCUCACCUUCAAGGACCUGGUGUCCUGUGCCUACCAGGUGGCGCGGGGCAUGGAGUACCUGGCCUCCCAGAAGUGCAUCCACAGGGACCUGGCGGCCCGCAACGUGCUGGUGACGGAGGACAACGUGAUGAAGAUCGCGGACUUCGGCCUGGCCCGCGACGUGCACAACCUCGACUACUACAAGAAGACCACCAACGGCCGGCUGCCUGUGAAGUGGAUGGCGCCUGAGGCUCUGUUCGACCGUGUCUACACCCACCAGAGCGACGUGUGGUCCUUCGGGGUCCUGCUCUGGGAGAUCUUCACCCUGGGGGGCUCGCCGUACCCAGGCAUCCCUGUGGAGGAGCUCUUCAAGCUGCUGAAGGAAGGCCACCGCAUGGACAAGCCGGCCAACUGCACGCAUGACCUGUACAUGAUCAUGCGGGAGUGCUGGCACGCCGUGCCCUCGCAGCGGCCCACCUUCAAGCAGCUGGUGGAGGACCUGGACCGCAUCCUCACGGUGACGUCCACGGACGAGUACCUGGACCUGUCGGUGCCCUUCGAGCAGUACUCGCCCGGCGGCCAGGACACCCCCAGCUCCAGCUCCUCGGGGGACGACUCCGUGUUUGCCCACGACCUGCUGCACCCGGCCCCCCCCAGCAGCGGGGGCCCGCAGACGUGAACGGGCCCCCCCACCCCCGCCCGCAGGCCGAGCCCCCGCCAAUGUGAGAGUGGGCCCCGGCCCAACAUGCUGCUCUGGGUGUGCCACCGCCCACCGGGGCCGGCAGCCCAGGCCUGAGACCCGGCCCGGAUGGACGGAUGGGCAGACAGCGUUGCAUGUGCGUGCGUGUGUGUGUGUGCGUGCACGUGUGCGUGCGUGCGUGUGCGAGAUGAGUCUCCAGGCCCCCGGUGCGGGGUCCCCGGGGUGCCCGGCCUGCUGUGCAACGACCUCCUGGCCACUGUGCCAGCAGCACCAGGGGACGGAAUGUAGAAUGUAAGCCCCCCCCAGGGCCCGCACCGCCACCCCCAGGGAGCAGCUCCGGGCUUUGGCGUCCCCCAAGUGCCCCGGCAGAGCCUGUGGGGAGGGCCCCUCGGGGUGUGCCUCCUCCCCCCUCCCCCCGCAGCACCUUGCGCCUGGGGGCGAGCGUUAGCACAGAGCCCCCCCGCACCCCUCAGCGACUGAGAUUACGGGUACCAGAAGGCAGGAGCCUUGAACUUCUAUCCGAGAGGUUUGUCCCAGAGACGCGUGUACAUUUCUGUAAGCAGAUGCCGUGUGUGGCCCACAUACACGUAUAUAAAUGUCCACCUGGAAGGAGAGAGGCUCCCGGGACGCCUGCGGCCCGAGCCCGGGAGGCCUGGGCCCCCCGCCCCGCAGCGACUCACACGCGCGCAGACCACCAGGGUGGGGGUCGGGGCCUUCCCAGCACCACAGUUUUGUUUUAAAAAUUGUACCUGGACCUGUACAUUUGUAAAGCUAUUUAUGGACCCUCGGGCCCCGGGCCUGCCCCCGUCCCCCAAAGCUGUAGUGUUCAGCCCGCCACCCAGCUGUGGCUCAAGUCUUAACUUAUUAUUAACAGCCAAGGGGGUUUCUGCCUUGUUCGGGGGGGCCGCUGAGGGCGCGCGCAGCGCUGGGCACCCCCGGCCGCACCCCCCAGGCCAGAGCGGCCCCCCACUCCCACGGGGUGUGCGGUAGUGUGAGGUCGCCCCGGCGGGGGUGAUGCCCUUCCUUUGGCCUUCUGUUGCAGGGGAAUUCAGUUUCUAUAGGGUUUCUUCUUAGGAGAUUUAUUUUUGUGGACUUCAGAGCAAGCCGGUAUUUUCGUACGGUUGUGACGGCCCCGUGCCCUGGGUGGGAGGCAGCUUCCCGCCCGGGGGCCAGCCCUGCACGCAGGCUCAGAUGUUAUUAGAUGUUACAAGUUUAUAUAUAUAUAUCUAUAUAUAUAAUUUAUUGAGUUUUUACAAGAUGUAUUUGCUGUAGAUUUAACACUUCUGACGCAACGCUUCUAGACUUUCAUAGCCCGGACUGCUGCCUUUCUUCAGAGCUUGGGGGAGAGCGAGCCGUGAAUUCAGUUCUGUUACUUUUUGUCCUGUUACCGUGGCGAGUUCGGGCGACUGCUCUCUGCUCGACAGGGGGCGGGCGGGCUGGCGGGGGCCCGGGGUGGUCUGUUCUCGGCCCCCCGGCCUCGCAGGGGCCGGAGGUGUCGCCCGCACACUGGCAGACGUGCUUUCCAAAAAUAAACAGUGAUUCAGUCCAGA